ACUAAUUACUACUAUCACCUACACUAGAUCUUAAUCAUCUAGUAUCUGUCUAGUCUAAAUCUAGAUUAGAUCUAGACUCUAGUUGUUAUCUCUAGAGGAGUAGUAGAGUCUAUAAAAUAAAUAUCUAUUAUGGAUGGCUGCCUGGUCGUGCGGUUAGCGCGCUGGACUGUCGUUCAGAUUUAUGGAUGGUCUCAGGUUCAAACCCUGCCCGCUCCCAUCCCCCGCCGUCCUAGGGGAGGUUUGGACUAGGAAGUAAACUAUCUUCAACUCUGAAGGAACAUCCGAAACAUGUGGCCUGUUUGUCAAAUGGUUGGGCAUAAAUAAUAUGGAUUUAGAUACUGCCAACAGUAUUGAAGUGAUAACUGUUUCUACAAUAUCUACACCUGGAACCUCUGGUAAAAAGGUUGUUCCUUUACAGAUUGGAUACAAGUUUCCUUUGAUUGACAAUGCUGAAACUGGAAAGCUUCGCCGACCGGUACGUCCCAUUGAUAGACAAAGAAUGCGCCCUUGGCUGAUGGAGUUACUGGACUUAGGAAAUGUCUUUGGAUUAAAGUGGACCAAUAGACACCAAGGAGUUUUUCAAAUCUCGUGGCGUCAUGCCUCUCGGUUAGGAUGGAAUCUUGAGACAGAUGGUGAUGUGUUUGAAAGAUGGGCUAGACAUACAGGUAUCUAUAGAGAAGGAGAUCCACCAGAACCUAAGCGAUGGAAAGCUAAUUUUAGAUGUGCACUACACAGUCUUCAUGAUGUAGUUGAGCUGACCAGUGCUCUGGAGCGCAAAGGACGCAAUGCUUGCAGAACUUACAGAUUCUUGCACAGCAGUGACCAACAGAGUAUUUUUAGAAAGAAAGCCAAAUCUAGAAAAGCCAAAGAGCAGUGUGAGAAGUCUUAUGAAAAGAUUGCUUGUGAUGAGCCACAAACUGGACCAAUGGAUUCUGCCUCCAGUGAAGAAUGUGUCUCCGAGUCAGAGUCUGACUGGUCUCAUGAAGAUAAAGUAAUUGUUCAAAAGUUAAAUGUCAAGAUGGAAAUACCUGAAGAAGAGUAUGGCCUCCAUCACGAUCAUGAUUACUCUGCUGGGCCUGAUAAGACCCAGAAAACUAUUGUUCUGCGGCAAGGUGUUGGAUCCAUCAUGCUUCACAAAGAAAUCCUAAGUGCUCCAGAUGACCCAGAGUCAGAUAAAAGUCUUUUGAUCUCAAACCUAGAUCAGCUGGCCUCAGCUGCCAUGAGCAGCGCUGGGAUGGAUGAAGCACAAGUACUCAAUGAUAAAAAAGAUAAGAAAGUUAUUGGCCAGAAAGUAGAAACUGAUCUGGUAGACAAUAUUAGCCUAGUCAUAGACAUACCAGACGCAAAGCUGCACUGUUUACCAUCUGAUAAAUUUGAUAAGACUAACAUAGCAAGAAAAAGAAAAGUAUCUAGUGAUGAGUCCAUGCUUGAUUUCUCAAGUGGAACCAAAAAGGGCUCCAAGAAGAAGCCUUUGAAUAUUGUCUCAAGCACAUUACCCUCCACAGUCUCUGUACUCCGAAGUGGAUCACCCAAAAUAUUAUGCAGAAGGUCAAAGCGUAACUCAUCCAAAAAUGACAAGUCUGCUGAGCCUACAGAAAUACUUGUCACGACGUCUGCAUCUACGGAGCCUCUGAUGUCUUCUUGUCUACUGUUGUUAGAGGCUGCCACAAGACUUGAUAAUGCUGAGAAAAAUGGAAGGUCUGGACACUCUCAAACAGACAAUUCCAGUCAAGAAGAAGUUGAGGUUGAAAUAGCAGAGACUUUAAAGGUCUCUUCUGAGGGUGAUGCUCAAAUUGAUAACCCUGGAAAUGAAACCCAUGGUCCAGCUACCCCAAUCCGUCGUUUAUUUAUAAAACAGGGAACACAGAUCAAAACUGUUGAGAACCUACAGUCUAACUGGAAACAAACUGUCUUCAAGGAGGCAACAGUGGGAACACCAAUCCCAUCCGAGGGUAAAUUAGUGGUGUCUGAAGCUAAAGGAUUAUUUAGUGGAUCAUGCAUCAACUCCACAAUAAAAGGAUUAUUCAGUGGAUCAAGCAUCAAACCCAAUGCAGAGGCCAAAGUCAUAAUGAAAGGAAAAACUAAAGACCUGAUUCAGACUCAGCCAACAAAAAACAAAUAUUUUGCUAUGCCUAGGUGUGGUGAUGCUGAACAAAAGUUUCUAGAGGAAUCUGCCACUGUGCCUGACACCACUGUCAAAGCAACCUCUGAUAAGCAUGUUGUUAUUGAAAGAAAUUUGAAACCAGCAGCUUUGCAAACAACAAGAACAAGUGAAAUUCCCUUGGUACUAGAAAAUUCCAGCUCACUGAAAGAUGCUUUUAAGGAACAGGAAAAUUCAGAUAGAAAACUACAUGGACAGCCAUUGGUUGCUGCAAAUAAUACCAGCCAAGGAGCAUUAUUUCAGGCUAAUGUGUACUCUAUACUUUCUUCAUUGAACAAUUCUGAAGCUUCGGGCCCAAAUGCCAAUUCUAAAAUUCUGAUAACAUCACCCCUGCCUUCCAACACAUUGACUCUGUCUCCUGUGGCAGGCCUUAACACGCCAGUUUUGCUAAACACUUCUUACAAUUUCCAGUCCCAAACACAACCAGAUGGGCAAGGGAAUAGUUUAGGGGCUGGCUUGGGUAAAAGCCAUGCCCUAGUAAUGUGUGGGGUAGGAAAGGAUACUCUCAAUGACUUAAAACUCCAUGUUGUACCUGUCUCAGUGGGUAAAGUUCCAAGCCUUCAGUCCCAUACUUCAAUAUCAACAUCUAGUACUACCAUGACACAGAACAAUAUUUCCAGCUCUUUGUCCAGUCCUGCAUUCAUUAACACACACGCUAACAGUACACUUCUCCUGUUGCCCUCAAUCAGCAGUGUCCAGGCUAAAGUAAAGCCAGAACCUCAUCCAGCAGCAUGUCCUGUGCCUCAUGCUCAGCUGUUAAAUGUUGAUAAUGAAAAAGCCCAGGCCUUGCCUGUUUCAUUAGGAGUUAAGUGUCUCACAAACCAGAGUGAUUCAAAACAAGUUCUAGUUAUGAGGUCAAACAGAGAGGAUGAAGUGAAACAAGAAAUGACUUAUGAAUCAGAUUGUGGUCAAGUCAAUGCAGAUAUUACGUCCAGUGUAAAAGUUGAGUCAUUGGAUAUUUGCAAAGAGAGCAAGGAUUUAACCAAUCCAGGUGCAAGCUCUUCUUCCACGUGUUGUUCAUCACAAGCAAUCAACUGCAAACAGGUUGUAGAAACUCAGAUUUUAAAAACAGAGGAUGUUGGAAGUACACAUAACUCUGGGGACAAAGUGAAACCGCUGUCAGAGAUCUGCAAGCGGUACUUGUCCCAAUUGUUUUCUACGCUAGACAACCAGAGCUCAGAGUCAGAGGACAGUGACUCUGUUAGCGAUGUGCCCAGACAAGACCAAGACCAUUCUCAGACCAGCGUUAAUUGUACAGUUGAAUAUUUUGUUGGAGACACAUGUAUUCAAUUUGAAGUAUCCCAACAAUCUCAUGCCUCAGAGCUUGAAUCUCUAGAAAGUGAUGAACUAUCAGACUUAACUCCUUCUGUUAUAUUACACAAUUAAGAAGACAUUCCAUGUUUUUUUUUGCAACAAUUAAGAAAAUGAUAGUCAUGAAAUUAAAUUACUUUUUUUUUUUUUUUUUUUUUUUUUUUUAAAUCUAAGAACAAAAGAAUUUGCAGAAUUAUAAUUUGAUUUGACAAAUUAUUAAAUAACAAGCUUUUUUAAACAACAUAUCAAUUCUUUUUGUUUUCUAUAGUACAAUGUUUAAGAAAUACUAAAAUGUACUAUAGUAAAAAUGUUGUUUUUUUCCAAAUGCUAAUGUAAGUAAAUGCAUAUGAAGGUUUGUAUUACCUAAUACAAUGAACACUUUAGGAUUACUGCCUAUGUUGUAUCUAUGUAGUUUGCAUUCUCUCAUUUCCUUGAUAAUGUCUUCUUUGCUUUACAAUUAUAUUUUUUUUACAUAUGUUUCAAUUUUUGUUAACUCAAAGUUUAAAACAACUAAAUAGAUUUUUUUUUUCUUUUUAUAUAUUUUUUUUUCAUCAUUCACAUUUUGUAACAAACAUCAAAAAUUGAUUUGUUGCUAAAGAGAUUUAUAUAAUAACAAUUUUGCAUUUCCUAUAAAGAAAAUGGGAUUUUUGAGAAGCCUAUGUAUUUAUCAAUUUCAUAUGAUAUGGUGCAUUUCAAGUACUGCAUGCUGUCCUGAUGUUUUAUUACAUCUUCACUGUCCUGAUGUUUUAUUACAUCUUCACUGUCCUGAUGUUUUAUUACAUCUUCACUGUCCUGAUGUUUUAUUACAUCUUCACUGUCCUGAUGUUUUAUUACAUCUUCACUGUCCUGAUGUUUUAUUACAUCUUCACUGUACUGAUGUUUUAUUACAUCUUCACCGUACUGAUGUUUUAUUACAUCUUCACUGUACUGAUGUUUUAUUACAUCUUCACUGUACUGAUGUUUUAUUACAUCUUCACUGUACUGAUGUUUUAUUACAUCUUCACUGUCCUGAUGUUUUUUUACAUCUUCACUGUACUGAUGUUUUAUUACAUCUUCACGGUACUGAUGUUUUAUUACAUCUUCACUGUACUGAUGUUUUAUGACAUCUUCACUGUACUGAUGUUUUAUGACAUCUUCACCCACUGUUUUGUAUUGCAUUUAAUCUUAUUUCACCAGUGUUCUACAUUAUUAUUACACACUUGAACAGAAUGUCAGACUUUGUUCUACUCUGCAUUGAAAAACACUUGUGCAAUUAGUGUCUAUGGAGGGAGGCCUGUAUGCUUUCUUGUUCUAUUGAGAAAGUAAAAAUACCUUCAGUUCUCAAUUCUUUGGAAUGAUGUUUUCAACAUUUAUACAGUCAUUUUAAAGUUGUUGUUUUUUAUUAAAUUUGAAAAAGUUUAUUUUGUUAAUUAAAUAGGCCAACUUUG